GACGACACAGCUGCUGAUAUCGGGCCUCAAACAUCAUCUCCCAUGAGCACCGACCCAGCGAAGCAAGCACUACCACAGCCACAGCCGAGAAAGGUGAAAAGAGAGGCUGCUWCAAAGAUGGAACUCAGGAAAAGACAAGAAAAGCACGGCGCAACAGAAGCCUCCUGCUCCUCCAUCCCUCGCUCAAAGACAGGGUACCACAGCUCUGAUGCYGUGGCGCUGAAGACUACACAGAAACUGGCUGAGAUACAGGAGGAAAAAGAGGCUCUGGAAGCACAGCUAGCAGCAUUAACUCAGAAGACCAGCGAACUGACCCUCCCCAUGAUAGAGGUCGCAGGACAUGCAGGUCCAGUACUGGUGUUCCGCCCCUGGACAAAUGAGGAUAAGAAGGCCUACAUGCAGCAGCUGCCGAACGUCGUGGAAGGUGGUGAAAAGUUCUGCGCGGCUUUGAGAAAUUUCUGCAAAGAAGUACAACCCACUUUCCCUGAACUGAAAAGGCUGCUGAUCUUUCAUAUGGGCCGAACCAACUAUGACAAGGUUAAAGGCGACCUGGACGGUGAAUACCGUACCAUACAUCCGACCUUUGAAGACGCAGCAAACAAUGACUACCGAGCUGCAUUGGAUAAACUGUGUGUCACCAUCAACCG